GGUACGUUCUCGAGGAUCCGCCCAUUUCCUCUUAAAACCGGUAGUGGUGUUCUAACGACAACAACGCCUUUAUUCCCUCUCAACAAUAAAAGGACGGCGGCUGGAAAAAAUCCUUGUCUGGUUACAAAGUCAAAAAAACACACACUUAUUUCCAGAGCUGAAAGGAAAUCCCAACAUGCUGUCGGACGCAGAUUACCCGGGGAUCGGUUCCAGCGGCCGGCGAGCCAAGAAGAGGAGCUCGGGGGAGUCUCCGGGCGAUAGCCAGGCUCCACGGUCCUCCGGGAGGCAGAGCAACGUCCGAGUGAAGCGGGCCAAUAACCCUCCACCCGGACAGAGCAAAAGAAAAGCCACGGAUACGGAAGAGGAGGAUGACCAGUCGGAGAAGAAAUACAGGAAGUGCGAGAAGGCUGGCUGUUCCGCCACGUAUCCCGUCUGUUUCGCCAGCGCAUCUGACAGAUGUGCUAAGAAUGGCUACACGUCUCGCUGGUACCAUCUGUCAUGUGGCGAGCACUUUUGUAACGAGUGCUUUGAUUACUACUACCGAAGUCACAAAGGCGGCUAUGAAAUGUUUGCGUGGUGGAAGAGAGUGUGGACGAGCAACGGGAAGAGCGAGCCCAGUCCCAAAGCGUUCAUGGCGGACCAGCAGCUUCCCUAUUGGGUGCAGUGCACCAAAGCGGACUGCGGGAAGUGGCGUCAGCUGACCAAGGACAUCCAGCUCAGCAGCUCCCUGGCCGUGACGUACCGCUGCGGGAUGAAGAUGAACAGCGGCAAGAGCGAAGGGCAGGACCAGUGCUCCCAGCCAGAAGACCUGCGAGUAGCGGAGGUGGCCGACAGCUGGUGGCAUUCCAUGCUCAUUCUGCCUCCGCUGUUCAAGGACAGUCCGGCCGCUCCCUUCCUGGCCGCUUACUACCCCGACUGCGUGGGCAUGAGUCCGUCCUGCGCUCCCGCCAGCACGCACGCCGGCGAGCUGAGGGCGGACCACUGCAGGGCGGCCCCGCCUCAAAGGGCAGGCUUGUGUCCGUACUUCCAGCCCUUCUACCAGCCCAACGAGUGCGGCAAGGCUCUCUGCGUCCGACCAGACAUGAUGGAGUUGGACGAGCUUUACGAGUUUCCGGAAUUUUCCCGCGAUCCCACCAUGUAUUUGGCUCUGCGUAAUCUCAUCCUGGCAUCCUGGCACAAAAAUUGUAAGGAGGUUCUGACCGCCCAGAAAUGCGCCCGGCACAUCAUUGUGCGCGGGUUGGUGCGUGUGCGCUGCAUGCAAGAGAUGGAGCGGGUACUCCACUUCAUGACCAGGAAGGGUCUCAUCAAUACGGGGGUGCUGGCGGUCCAGUGGCCUCUCCUCCCGGAAAGGCAUCGCUGUAAGAACGUGGUCGUGAUCGGCGCGGGGGCCUCUGGCCUCGCUGCUGCGCGCCAGCUGCACAACUUUGGCAGUCAGGUGCUGGUGCUGGAGGCCCGCCAGAGAAUCGGCGGCCGCGUCUGGGACGACAACUCCUUGGGCGUCACCGUGGGUCGGGGCGCUCAGAUCGUCAACGGCUGCGUGAACAACCCGGUUGCUCUGAUGUGCGAGCAGAUGGACCUCCGCAUGCACAAGCUGGGCGAGCGCUGCGACCUGUUUCAGGAGGGGGGCCGGGGCACCGACCCCGCCAUUGACAAGCGCAUGGACUUCCACUUCAACGCCAUUCUGGAUGUGGUGUCGGAGUGGAGGAAGGACAAGUCGCAGAGCCAGGACAUGCCGCUGGGAGAGAAAGUCCAGGAGCUUAAAAAGAACUUUCUGCAGGAGUCGGGCAUCCAGUUCAGCGAACUGGAGGAGAAAGUUCUUCAGUUUCACCUCAGCAACCUGGAGUACGCCUGUGGGAGCUCUUUAAAGCAGGUCUCAGCCAGAUCCUGGGACCACAAUGAAUUCUUUGCGCAGUUCUCAGGAGACCACACGCUGCUCACUCACGGCUACGCCGCUCUGCUACACAAACUAGCCGAGGGCCUGGACAUCCGCACCGAGUGCCCGGUUCAGUCCAUUGACUACUCGGGUGAUGUGGUCCGAGUUACUUGCUCCAACGGCUCCCAGUGGACAGCCAAGAAGCUGCUUCUUACCGUCCCGCUCACGUUGCUUCAGAGGAACUUCAUCCAAUUCAACCCGCCCCUUCCUGAGAGGAAAAUGAAAGCUAUCCACAGUCUGGGAGCAGGCAUCAUUGAGAAGAUCGCUCUCCAGUUUCCAUACAGAUUUUGGGACAGCAAGAUCCAGGGGGCCGACUACUUUGGUCACGUCCCGCCGAGUCCCGACAAGAGAGGCUUGUUCACAGUUUUCUACGACAUGGACCCGCAGGGGAAGCAGGCGGUGUUGAUGUCUGUCAUUGCCGGUGACGCUGUGGCUGCCGUGCGAGACAUGGAGGACGAGGACGUGGUGCACGAGUGCGUGAAGGUGCUGCGUGAGCUUUUCAAAGAGCAGGAGGUUCCCGAGCCCCUGCGUUCCUUUGUCACGCACUGGAGCAAAGACACGUGGUCACAGAUGUCCUACAGCUUCGUGAAGAUGGGCGGCAGCGGCGAGGCGUAUGACAUCAUUGCUGAAGACGUUCAGGGAAAGUUGUUCUUUGCCGGCGAGGCCACCAACCGCCACUUCCCUCAGACCGUGACAGGCGCCUACCUGAGUGGGGUUAGAGAGGCCAGCAAGAUGGCGGCUCUCUGAGCUCGGAGAGCUUUCCGACUCACCAGCACGGAAACCAAACUAUACCACCUGGCCUGCUUGCGCCAUGUGAACUGCCGAGGAUCACCAAGGGCUUCAAAGGAGCGUCGCAUCAGCAACGCAUCGUCUCUCGUCUCCUCCACGUGAGGCGUGAUGGACACGCUGGCCACUUCCGGCACGCUGUUGAUGGCAGUCUCAUGUCAAAGGAAAAGAAAAAACAUUUGGAGUUGCUUGUUCUCCAGCUGGUGCUGCGUUGUGGGAGUGGGUGCUUACUCUGCCCAUACAGAAGUGGACGUGAGGUUAGAUGUGUAGAAGAUACAACUCUUGUCUUGUCGUGGUCAUUUGAUCCCAAGCGGCCAGGCAGGAGUAAGUCACGAUAGCUGGAUGGUGGAAAGUUGGUGUUUGUGUACUAAACUACGUAAGCGACUGUCCUCUUACUUUCUCAGGGAUGGCAUCAGGACAACAAGUCAUUAUUCAUACAUUAUUUGUCCCUGGGUGACUAUUUAAAGUUUGUCAACAGCACAACGUUGUCUCUGUCUGAUGUUUGGAGUAUUUCAGAUGAUUGUUUAGCAUUUGUAGUAUUUAUCUGCUGUAUUUGUGGAAUAAAUCAUGCUCCAAAGCA